AUGGCUCGUGCGCGCCGCCGUUCUACCCGCAACACUGCGACAACUACACGGGCUUCCGGCUCUUCACCUUUAUCCUCCUCCCCAUCCACACCAGAACCAGCGCCAGAGCCAAAGACUGGUCCAACUGACAGCUGUCCAGGUUGCACCUCUGAAUCGCGCGCCACAUUCAACCAGUUCGAGAAGGAGAACUGGAUAUGUUGCGACGUGUGCAAGGACUGGUAUCAUUGGCGAUGUGCAGUCGCAGGAGAGGAAGACAAAACGUUGAGCAUGGACAAAAUCGACAAGUGGUUCUGUAAAACCUGUUUGGGCCAAGAUUCAACGCGGACUAUCACUUUCAAGGCACCGACAAGGAGGUCAGACCGGAAGCGCAAUUAUCAGGACUACGCAAAUUUGAGUCUCGGGCUGAAUGCGGAUCCUGAACGUUGGCAACGAAUGCUGGAUAACAAAAAAUUCAAGGCCGACCAGUUCAAGCGAAUGGAAGGUGCAGACGUGAAUUUGGACUGGCUUGAAGAAGACGAUACCGCCAUGACGGAGCCAAUACUGAUCGAGAAACCUGAUGGUCUGGGAAUGAAAAUGCCCGAUGAAGGCCUGUCGGUUGAAGAUGUUGCUCAGCUGGUUGGCGAAGACGUCCCAGUUGAAGUCGUCGAUGUUGCGACACAGUCAGCCUCGCCUGGGUGGAAUCUCGGGAAAUGGGCAGACUAUGUCGAACUAGAACCUUCAGCGCGCGAGAAGAUAUAUAACGUCAUUUCGCUCGAAGUCUCUGGCACGGAAUUAGGGAACCUCGUUCUCCCUCCCAAACUUGUUCGAGACUUGGACUGGGUUGAUAAUUUCUGGCCCAGCACACGAAAAGGAAAAGGCCACCCUUAUCCCAAAGUCCAGCUAUAUUGUCUGAUGGGCGUUAAAAAUGCCUGGACGGAUUGGCACAUAGACUUUGCUGGGUCGUCUGUGUACUACCACAUUCUUAGUGGCUCUAAAGUCUUCUAUUUCAUCAAACCAACCCCGGCAAACCUGGCGGCAUAUGAGAAAUGGUCUGGGACUGAGCUCCAGAACACUUGGCUGGGCGAUAUGGUCGAUGAGGUCGUCAAAGUCGUGUUAACAGCGGGUAACACAAUGAUCAUACCCAGUGGCUGGAUUCACGCUGUCUUUACUCCUGUAGACACUAUCGUCUUUGGGGGUAACUUCUUACAUUCAUAUGCUGCAUCAAUGCAGUUGAACAUCCGGAAAAUCGAAAUAGCCACCCACGUCCCCAAGAAAUUCCGAUUUCCUUUAUUCACCAAGCUCUGUUGGUAUGUUGGGGACAAGUAUCUGCGAGACUUGAAGGGUCCAAAUGUUUCUUAUCCAUCUCGAGUACUGAGCUCAUUGCUCGCGUUGGCUGAAUUUCUGGUGUCCGAAGUUCGUAUUCUCGAGCGUGGGACGGAGCAAGCUAAGAAGGAGGUUCGAGAGCAAAUACCGUCAGACCGCGUCAAAGAUGCAGCCACUGUUGCGCGGGAACUCAGAUGGCGGGUACGACUUGCGGCAGGUAAUACGAGUGACGAUGAGAGCAACACCGUCAAACCCAGUGGCUCGGGUGUUAAAAGGAAGCGAGGAGAAGAGGAAGAGCACGUUAAAUUCAAGAACUUCAGACCUAGGAGGUGGGACAAUAUGGUCGAACAGACGGCAGAAGAGGAGCCCAAGGUUCUCCAUGCACCCAAACCCACUGAGCAAGACUCUGGAUGGAAAGAGCGUUGGAUAGAUUGGGCUAAUGAAGAGGGUGAAGAUGGUGACGAAGUGCGACUCAAGCGACGGACAGACAAAAUAGUACGUGUUCGGUUGACCAACGAUGGACUAGAGAGGCAGCGGAUAGAACGGGUAGUUGAGUCUUGGGCUUGGUGGUAG